AUGAAUAUUUAUCAAUCAUUUCUUUUUCUUUUGGCUAUUUUUACAAUAACUUACUGUGAUGAACAUGAUCAUAAAUAUGAAGAAGGUCAAGAAGUUGUUUUAUGGAUGAAUACAGUUGGUCCAUAUCAUAAUCGACAAGAAACAUAUAAUUAUUUUUCAUUACCAUUUUGUCGUGGAUCAAAAAAAGAAAUCUCACAUUAUCAUGAAACAUUAGGUGAAAAUAUUUUAGGUGUUGAAUUAGAAUAUAGUGGAGUUGAAAUUAAUUAUAAACGUGAUAAAGAAAAAACAGAUUUUUGUGAAAUAACAUUAACACAUGAAAAUUAUGAUGCAUUUACAUAUGGAAUUAAAAAUCAUUAUUGGUAUCAAAUGUUUAUUGAUGAUUUACCUAUUUGGGGUAUUGUUGGUGAAAUGGAUGAAUCAGGAAAAUCUGCUUAUAUAUGGACGCAUAAAAAAUUUGAAAUUGGAUAUAAUGGUAAGCGAAUAGUUGAUGUUAAUUUAACAUCAGAAUCAAAAGUACAAAUACAACCAAAUACAAAAUUAACAUUUUCAUAUGAAAUUGUAUGGAGACUAUCAAAUAUAGAAUUUACAAAUAGAUUUGAUAAAUAUCUUGAUCCAGGAUUUUUUCAACAUAAAAUUCAUUGGUUUUCAAUUUUUAAUUCAUUUAUGAUGGUUUUAUUUCUUGUUGGACUUGUUAGUAUGAUUCUAUUACGAACAUUGAGAAAAGAUUAUGCAAGAUAUGGAAAAGAUGAAGAUUUGGAUGAUAUGGAACGUGAUUUGGGUGAUGAAUAUGGUUGGAAACAAGUUCAUGGUGAUGUAUUUCGUCCUCCUGCUCAUCCUAUAUUAUUUUGUUCAUUAAUUGGUUCUGGUUAUCAAAUAGCAACAGUAACAAUACUUUGUAUUGUUAUAACAAUUCUUGGUGAUCUUUAUACUGAACGUGCAUUACUUUUUAGUACAGCUAUAUUUCUUUAUGCAGCAGCAUCAGUAAUUAAUGGUUAUGCUGGUGGAAGUUUAUAUUCACGAAUGGGUGGACAAUUAUGGAUGAAACAAUUAAUUGUAGGCGCAUUUUUUGUUCCAUUUCUAAUUUGUGGUGUAUCAUUUCUUGUUAAUUUUAUUUCAAUUUAUUAUGGAUCAUCACGUUCAAUACCAUUUACUGUUAUGUUAAGUGUAACAGCUAUUUGUUUAUUUGUUAUUUUACCAUUAACUGCAAUUGGAACAGUACUUGGAAGAAAUAUAAGUGGUAAAAUAAAUCAUCCAUGUCGAACAAAUGCUGUACCACGACCAAUACCAGAAAAGAAAUGGUUUAUGGAACCAUAUGUGAUUAUAUUUGCAAGUGGAAUUUUACCAUUUGGAUCGAUUUUUAUUGAAAUGUAUUUUAUUUUUACAUCAUUUUGGGCUUAUAAGAUUUAUUAUGUUUAUGGAUUUAUGUUACUUGUAUUUUUAAUUCUUACUGUUGUUACUGUUUGUGUAACAAUAGUUGCAACAUAUUUUUUGCUCAAUUCCGAAGAUUAUCGAUGGCAAUGGACAAGUUUUCUAGCUGGAGCAUCAUCAUCGAUUUAUGUUUAUUUCUAUGCGAUUUAUUAUUUCUUAUUUAAAACAAAAAUGUAUGGCAUGUUUCAAACGGUAUUUUAUUUUGGUUAUAUGGCAUUAUUUUCUGUUGGCCUUGGAAUAAUGUGUGGAACAUUUGGUUAUGUGGGUACUCAAGCAUUUGUUCGAAAGAUUUAUUCACAUAAAAUAGACUAA